UGGAAAGUCGGCUGCGGGGGGUGGGAUAUCCAUGGCUGGAACGGCUGUAUCGGGCAGAGGGGACGUGGGGUGGUUUAUCCUUGAGGAGAGGAGGCUGAGGGGAGACCUUAUUGCUCUCUACAACUGCCUGAAAGGAGAUUGUAGAUGGUUGAGCGCUGGGCUCUUCUCCCAAGUGACAGCGGACAGGACAAGGAGGAAUGGCCUCAAGCUGUGCCGGGGAGGGUCAGAGUGGUCAUCAGGAAAAAACUUUUCACAGAAAGGGUCAUGGGGCACUGGCAGAGGCUGCCCAGGGAGGUGGUGGAGUGCCCAUCCCUGGAGGGAUUAAAAAGACGGGGAGAUAAAGUGCUGAGGGACACGGUUUCGUGGUUGCUAGGAAUGAUUGGACUCUGUCAAUUAGUGGUCAUUUCCAACCUGGUGAUUCUAUGAUGCUACGGCAAUGCUCAGAGGUUCCCGUUGCUGCAGCGUGGCGUGGAAACGCUCCUCCUGCCAACGGCACAAGAGGCACGUGGGGCUCAGUCCAUGGGGCAGGGGAGCUACGGCGCUGUGCUGAGCAACGGGAGAGGGUUGGAAGUGGGGAGAUUCCAGUGGCAGCAUCUCCUUUUGGGGGUCCCAGUUGCUCCUGGAGGCUCUGGUGAGUGGUUUGGGGCUGUUAUCUAGCUUAGACUGAUGCUCUUUGUGGUUUUCAGAUAACAGGACUAAGCGUGGCAAAUCCUGAGCUGGUGUUUGUCAGCGGUGGAUUACUUGGCCAGCAGCUUCCCAGGAGUGGCCAGGCAGCAAGAAGCCGAGCUUCCCGGCCUCAACGCAGCAGGCAGAAGGAGGAGGAAAGGAACCAACAAAUUGAAGCGCAAACCUGUCCCGUCUCCCUUUGAGUGUGUACUUUGGGUGUUUCCACGCGCAGGGUGCAAUCCGCCGGACCCCCCCUUGAUUUUAGCACUGAUGGGAGAGAGGAUGCAAAUCCACGGUGUCCGGGGAGAGCUGCGGCGUCUCUCAGCUGCUGCCCUCGAUUCCUCGCGUGCCUCAGGCUCUGGUGCUGCUGGCAGAGCCCAGCGUCCGUGCCCGAGGCUGCGAUCGGCUUUGGUUUAUAUUAAACCAGGCUGGACCUGGCACUGAGCUGCAGCUCUUCAUCUCCUGUUGCACCCAGGAGCUCCCUGCUCUGCAGAAGAGUUAAAACCCAGUGUAUAUUCCCCUUCUUCUUGUUUUAACAUCCGUUUAGGCAAGCGGGGAGGACUGGGGAAGCCUUAAGGAAAUGGGGAUUGGACCUGUGCUGCUAUAACUCACUGCAAAGGGAGCUCAGAAGAGCCUCUGCUUCAUGGCUCUGGGCUGCAGAUGUGGCAGAGGCGCGGAACAGCGCCAGGUCUGAGCGCGGGGACACGGCGCCAGGUGUGUCCUGUCCCUUUCCUGGCCCUUCCCUUCUCUCCUGCUCAAAUUCAGCAGGUUUACAGAGGGUGGGAAGGCAGCCAGGCACACCCAGCUCUUGGAGGCAGUAAAAUGAUCCCUCUUUUGCCCUUGGGCCAAGCCCAGCGUUUCUAACGGAUAAAAGGGGAAGCGGUGAGGAGAACUCGCUCACUUCCCUGGCCUCCAGCACCGCUUCCCAGAGCUUUCGAAGGGUGGGGGAUACCGAGAACAGCAUUGGUGCAACCAUGUCCCAGUCUGUGAGUUUCAGCUCUCGCUCUGCGGCCGUCCCAGGGAUCAGCAAAGUGCGGGUCAGCACCGUCUCCUCGACCCGUGGACUCGGAGGGGGUGCUGCCUUAGGCAGGGCACGAAGCUUCGGCAGCUCCAGCCUCUACAACCUUGGCUCUAACAAGCGGAUCUCCCUUGGAGGUAGCAGCUCCUACAGCAUUCGCUCUGGAUACGGCAUCGGAGGGAUGGGAUUUGGUGGAGCGGUCAGCCCCGCGGGCAUUCAGGAGGUCACCAUCAACCAGAACCUCCUGACGCCCCUGAAUCUGGAGAUUGACCCCAACAUCCAGCGGGUGCGCAAGGAAGAGAAGGAGCAAAUCAAGACACUCAACAACAGAUUCGCCUCCUUCAUCGACAAGGUCCGGUUCUUGGAGCAGCAAAACAAAAUGCUGGAGACCAAAUGGACCCUCCUCCAGGACCAGAAGACCGCCCGGAGUAACGUUGCUCCCAUGUUUGAGGCGUACAUCAGCAACCUGCGGCAUCAGCUGGAUGUGUUGGUGAAUGACAAAGGGCGCUUGGAGGGCGAACUGAAGAACAUGCAGGACCUUGUUGAGGAUUUCAAGACCAAAUACGAGGAUGAAAUCAACAAGCGCACGACGGCAGAGAAUGAGUUUGUGGUGCUCAAGAAGGAUGUGGAUGCUGCCUACAUGAACAAAGUGGAGCUGGAGGCCAAGGUGGAUGCUCUGACGGAUGAGAUCAACUUCCUGAGAUCUCUCUAUGAAGCGGAACUUCAGGAGUUGCAGGCCCAGAUCUCCGACACCUCUGUGGUGCUCUCCAUGGACAACAGCCGGAACCUGGACCUGGACAGCAUCAUCGCAGAGGUCAAAGCGCAGUACGAGGAGAUUGCCAACAGGAGCCGAGCGGAGGCCGAGUCCUGGUACCAAAGCAAGUAUGAGGCGCUGCAGGUCACUGCUGGGAAACACGGGGAUGACCUGCGCAACACGAAGAAUGAGAUCUCGGAGAUCAACCGCGUGAUCCAGAGGCUGCAGGUGGAAAUUGAAAAUGCCAAGGCCCAGCGUGUCAAGAUGGAAGCAGCCAUUGCCGAGGCCGAGGAACGCGGAGAGAUGGCUGUCAAAGAUGCCAAGGUAAAGCUAGAGGAGCUGGAGGCCGCCCUGCAGAAGGCGAAGCAGGACAUGGCUCGGCAGCUCCGUGAGUACCAGGAGCUCAUGAACGUCAAGCUGGCCCUGGACAUCGAGAUCGCGACCUACAGGAAGCUGCUGGAGGGCGAGGAGAGCAGGUUGGCUGGUGAUGGAGUUGGCAAUGUCAACAUCUCUGUGGUCAGCACCAGCGGUGGAGGAAGCAGCUUUUCCGGUUCCAGCGGAUUUCUGGGAGGAGGAGUCGGAGGAAGCCUUAGCCUGGGAGGAGGAGUCGGAGGAGGCCUUAGCCUGGGAGGAGGCAUGGGCAGCGGGGCGCUCGGCUUCUCUGGCGGUAGCUCCAAAUCCUACUCUGUCACCACAACCUCAUCCAGCAGGAGAAGCUUCAGGAAGUAACUACAGGAAUGGAGAUCGGCCAUGCCCAUUCCACCAGAGAAAAUCCAUAGAAAGGGAGGGAAAAAUCCAUAGAAAGAAAAAUUUUAUUGCCUUUUAUAGGACAAAUUGGCUUCAAAAGUGCUGCAGUGCUGAGUUGGAAUAAGACCGACCAGAGUACCUGACCCUGUCCCGUCACGCCCAAGGCUGGAGCUUACGCUGAUGAACUUAGCGGGAACCGUUCCGCUGAGAGCAGGUUCCAGCCUGCAGGGUGAAAUCCAUCCCGGGAAGCAGGAGGUAUAAACACUUCUGUUACCGGGUGCUUCCUGCUCGGGGCUGGAUUUCACCCUUGGAAGGGCAAAGCCAUCAUUUCCGUGGCAAACUGUUCCACGUUCUGCUGUGGUUUUGCAAAGAGACCAAAGAUUAUCUCCCUCUUAAUAUGGUUUGGAAGUCUUUAUUCCCUUAGGCUCCUCGGAAAAUGUCAACCCUUGUUAAGAUUUCAGCCUGGGAUUGUUUUCUUAAAGCAUACCAGGAGGAAAACAGUGAAACUCUUCGGGAUUUCAUCUUAUUUCUUUGGAAAUGGGCUCAGAAAUGGAAUUCGACACGUCUUGGAAUGAAUGGCGCUGGUUUCUUACUGAGGGCAGUGCAGACAGAUUUACUUUCAGGUUCUUUAUAGCAAAAUAACUCAUAAAGAAGCUCCCCCACCCAUUCCCUCGCCUUAAAAGAAGCCCAAAGCUCAAAGGCUAGGAAGCUGCUUAAAAUUAGGAGUAAAAAGGGAGAUACCGGUCCCCAUCUUUGGGUGUCUCUCUUUCCCACCCUCUUAAUUCCAAGCGUGUCCGGUGAUACCUGAUGUCUUUACCACAGCUAAGGAGAAGGUGUGGUUUAUUGGGGCAUCAUUGCAAUAACCAUUUAUUCCUGCCCAAAUGUGUCUCCGGCUUAACCACGUCAGGGAGGAGAGUUGGGUCGUUGCUGCAGUAGGAAGAAUUCUUGGCUAAAUAACUCAAGGCAACUGCAAAAUUGUUGUGUUACGUGCUCAGCCAGGUCCUAGCGGUGCAUCCUUUGUUAACGUUUUAUGCCUUUGUGGUCUGAGACCUUCUCGUGAGGUCAGUAAUAAAGUUUCCCUGUUGCGUACAGCUUCAGUCCCAGCC